UAUUUUCAUUCACUUAGGAUCAUCUCAAUGCCUCUUCUUACUAUUCUUCAACUGCUCUUCUUCCCAAUCCCGGCAACUAUGUUAAACUACAGCCAUUAAAUUCAACACAAAUCGCAUCAUCAAAAUGGAAAGAAGGGGCGGUUCACUACGAACCCGUUCACAAGCAGCACCAGACUGGACACUACACGAAUCACUAACCCUAGUUAACGAAAUGAAAGCAACUCAAAUCGAAUGCGGCAAUACCUUAGCCUCCUUCCAAAAAUGGCAAUCAACAGUUCACAGUUGCAACUCCUUAGGCGUUAAUCGGAGUUUAAAUCAGUGUAAAAAAAGGUGGGAAGCUAUGUUGGAACAGUAUAAUAAAGUGAAGCCAUGGGAAACGGCGUAUUGGACGGCGUUUGAUGAGGAUAGGAAAAAGGAAUUGGAAUUACCUGGACAGUUUGAUUUUGAGUUGUUUAAGGGGAUUGGUAGGUAUUUGAGUUUGUUAGAAGGGGAAGAUGGUGGUGGUGCGGAUACCGACCCGGAUACUGACCCGGAAGCCCAACAGCAGCCUCAAGGAAACAAUGCUUUCUUCGAAAUUGGUCCUAAAAGGCAGCGGCGAAGGACGAAGACAAAAAGGUACAAGAUGGAGGAAAGGUUGAAUCCGUGGAGACGCAUCUUAAAUGAAAACAGGAAGUAUGAGCAAUCCAAGAUGGGGAUAAAGCAUGAAGCUAGCCUAGAUGCAAAUUUGGAAGCCCCAAGGCAUGAGAAUACCAGCUUAGAAAUAAAGCGUGAAACAUCCAGUCAUGAGGACAAGGCUGAACUUCCAAACCUUAGCAUGGUUAGUAAGGUAAAGGCUGAGCAGAUUAAUGUAGACAAUCCAGAAGAAAUGAUGGCUGCGACUCUUAGAGAAAAUGCAGAAAUGGUCACUGCAAUAAUUGAAGGAAAUUCAAUGGAUGGUAGAGAUUGCAGGCUUGCUGAUUCGAAGAAUUUUGAGGCUGGUCGUGUUCAUAUGAUCAGAAGUCAAGGCAAUCAACUUAUCGAUUGCCUUGGGAAAAUUUCAGACACCCUUAGCCAGCUUUGUUAUGCAGUUCACAAAAAAUAACUAACUUUAACAGUUUAGUAUUUUCAAUUAUGGCAUGCUCUGUAAUGUGACGACUAAUCAUCACAUGCUUUUAGUUAGAUCUUUGUCAAUGUAAUGAUGAGGUAACCAGGAUUGUCAAGGAUCACAGGAAAUUUUAAAAUGGUUAAUUCUUCUGUAUGAUACAAGAAAUGCAAGGUGUUCUUUUAUUGCAUUAGAUGAUAUUGACACUUC